AUGGCACUGGAAUUACUCUGGAGAGCAGAGAGUGCAUGGGCGGCUUUUGUAAAGGGUCGUGCAGCAGAAAAGCCAUUCAAGAACAAGGGCUUCCCUUACUUUGACAUCAUUGACAGCAUACAGCCGUGCACCAAGAGACAGGGAAACAACUCGAAUAUUUACUGCUCCCCCUCAGGCCUUGAUGGCAUACCCUCUAUCAUCACUAGCGGCGCACUUGAUGCCCUAGAUCUUUCUCCGCUCGCUCCUUCCCUAAAUGAAAUCAACACCAGCUCUAGCAUGCAGUAUGAUGCACCCCCUGAGGCAACUGGACCCAGCGCACCAAUGUCAUCACCUGGCAGCAUUCCAUCCACCUUUCUCUCUGGCUCAACUUCUACAAGUUCGGUCAUCACCAGCAUCAGUGCACACAUCAAAGUGCAAGCACAGCAGGAGAGUCGUGAUGAGCUUGUAAGGUUCAACAAUAUCUUUGAGACGUUUACAGAGAAAUUCAAUGAUUCCACAUUAUCACCAAACUCCAAGUACACUCAUGCAAUCAAACUGCUCCAAGAUGACGCUGCUGCAAUGGGGUUAUCACCACAGGAACAGAUGGACAUGGGGAGUUUUUUGGGGAGGAAUCCGAGAGACACUACAUUGUACGUGAAUAGCGAUGCUGAGGUCGGGGUGCUGUGGCUGCGGCAGGCUCUUCAGACUCUGUCUGCAAUGAAGGAAUAA